CAUUUUGAUUUUGCAAUGGAUCAGGCAAGUCAUUCAUAUCGAUUAGUUCCCAUUUUCUUGAAGAGCACCUUUCUAAUUGUAUUUUUGAAUGCAACCCACUAUAUCCAAAUAAUGAUAAAGCUUAAAUGGUGAUAGUUUGGGGCUAAUCUGAUUCAAAGUUCUAAGAUUCAAUUCGCAGCACUGCUGUAUCAUGCCACAACAGGGGACGGAGGACCAUAUUCAUCAUUUUAUUUGAGGCAUGCCAUGCUCCACUUAGGUGGUCAUAAACUGUCAGCAAAUGGUAAAUGAACUCAGUCAAAAUGCCUGCACUAGUGGAGAAUGGUUUAGGGGGUCUAUGCCGAACAUUCAUGGCUUCUGAUUUUAGUUCAACAAUUAUCUCUAGUUUUGAGAUACUGGCAUAUCUUCUGAUAUCAGCAUCUUCUUCUGCGGCCACUAGGGUUGUUGACUGGGUAUCAAACUGGGGGAAAGAUGAGUUUACAGAGAUGGCUAGUGCAUCUAUUGGAAUGUCCUUCCUGGCUUUUAUCGCCUUUGCCUUGAGUUCCCUCAUAUCUGGUUACAACCUCUGCAACAGUAAUUCCACUUGA